CGGAGAAGCAGAAGGUUGUGUUGUGGUUAACAGACCACGCCUCCGCGCUCAUAGAGUGUUGAUGGAGAAACAGAAAGAAGAGCUGGACCGCUGAAGGAAUAAAUGGUGUCCUUUUUCAAGUCUUCUUCUGCACCUUCCUACCCAGCUUAAAUGUGUUGCUGGAAACACAUCCGGAUAUUCCACGAAGAGGGAUGUUAAGCUGCCGAAACAGGUUAAAUACAAGACUAUGGCAUCCAAAAGACAUUCUGGUAUUCAGCAGUCAUCAUCUGGCCCCCUCCACAUGAACACAUCUCGCAGACAAGCACAGAAACACAGCAAGGAGAGAAAUCAUUACUGCUUAGAGUGUGGAAAGAGUUUUACUGUGCAAACUCGUCUCAAAAUACACCAGCGGAUUCACACAGGAGAAAAGCCGUAUCACUGCUCAGAGUGUGGGAAGAGUUUUACUGUACGCAGUUCUUUACAAAAACACCAACGCAUUCACACAGGAGAGAAGCCGUAUCACUGCUCAGAGUGUGGGAAGAGUUUUACUCUACGGAGUACUCUCCAACAGCACCAGCGCAUUCACACAGGGGAGAAGCCAUAUUACUGCUCAGAGUGCGGGAAGAGUUUUACAGCACAUAGUUCUCUGCACCAACACCAACGCAUUCACAAAGGAGAGAAACCAUAUUACUGCUCAGAGUGUGGGAAGAGUUUUACUGGACAGAGUUCUCUCCAACAACACCAGCGCGUUCACAAAGGAGAGAAACCAUAUUACUGCUCAGAGUGUGGGAAGCAUUUUACGGCACAGAGUUCUCUCCGACAACACCAGCACAUUCAUACAGGAGAGAAGCCUUAUCAUUGCUCAGAAUGUGGGAAGAGUUUUAUUCAGCCAAGUUCCCUCCAUAAGCACCAACGCAUUCACACAGGAGAAAAGCCCUAUUACUGUUCAGAGUGUGGGAAAAGUUUCAGGCAGUCCAGUACUAUGAGGACACACAAGUGCACUAAGAACAAUGGGGAAAAUGGUCAGAAUAUGGCAUCCAGAAUACAUUCCAGUACUCAGCAAACAUCAUCUGGUGUCCUCCACGUGAAUAUAUCUCGCAGACAAAAACAGAGAUGCAGCAAAGAGAGAACUCACUACUGCUUGGAGUGUGGAAAAAGUUUUACUCUACAGAGUACUCUCAAAAGACACCAGCGCAUUCACACAGGAGAGAAGCCAUAUCACUGUUCUGAAUGUGGUAAGAGUUUUUAUCGGCAGAGUUAUCUCCAGGAGCACCAGCGCAUUCACACAGGAGAGAAGCCGUAUCAGUGCUCUGAGUGUGGGAAGAGUUUUACUGCACAAAGCUCUCUUCAAAAACACUACCGCAUUCACACAGGAGAGAAGCCGUAUUAUUGCUCAGAAUGUGGGAAUAGUUUUAAUCGUCCAAGUUCUCUCCAUCAACACCAGCGCAUUCACACAGGAGAAAAGCCGUUUCAGUGCUCAGAGUGUGGGAAAAGUUUUAAUCGUCAGAGUACUCUCCAACAUCACCAGCGUAUUCACACAGGAGAGAAGCCGUAUUACUGUUCAGUGUGUGGGAAGAGUUUUACUGUACAGGGUUAUCUCCAACAGCACCAGCGCAUUCACACAGGAGAGAAGCCGUAUCACUGCCCAGAAUGUGGAAAGAAUUUUAAUCAACAGUGUAAUCUCCAAGAACACCGGCGCAUUCACACAGGAGAGAAGCCAUAUUACUGUUCAGAGUGUGGCAAGAGUUUCAGGCAUUCUAAAACUGUGAAAACACACAAGUGCACUCAAAGCAAUGGUGCAAAUGGACAGUAUUGAGUGUAACCUUUACAUUCUAACAUUCUGGGAGUAGAAGUCUCCAGGAAACUGUACUUAAAGCCUAGAAAUCAAACUGUUCUUGGAGGAAAAUCAACUAUCAUUGUGUUACACAGUGUCUAAAACAUGAGGAGAAUAAAAUGAAAUAUACCUUCCUACUAAAUGCUGAACAUUAAGUCAAACCUACAAACCAUACACACAAUGUGUGGUACUGCAUAUUCUCCCCAAAAUACACUAUAUUGCCAAAAGUAUUCAAAAACCCAUCCAAAUCAUUGAAUUCAGAUGUUCCAAUCACUUCCAUGGUCGCAGGUCUAUAAAACCAAGCACCUGGGCAUGCAGACUGCUUC